GGGUUCGGAGCCGCCUCCCCGGCAGGACGCGGCGCAGGUCAGCGCAUCUCGCAGCCCCCGGCAGGACGCGGCCGCCGCAGCCCGUGCGCCCCUCGCCCUGCGCCCUCGCCGUGCGCCCCCGGCCCUGCGCCCCGAGCCCGAUCACCCUUCAGCAUAAAACGUGAGAAUUUAAAACCUGAGAUUUCUCUAAAAUGUCGUACAGACAGGAAUUGGAGAAAUACCGUGAUCUGGAUGAGGAUAAGAUCCUUAGUGCAUUGACAGAAGAAGAGCUCAGGACACUGGAGAAUGAACUGGAAGAGCUAGACCCUGAUAAUGAUCUGCUGCCUGUGGGACUCAGACAGAGGGACCAGACCAAAAAGACACCAACUGGCCCAUUCAAAAGGGAUGAGCUUCUGGACCACCUAGAAAAGCAGGCAAAAGAUAUGAAAGAUCGAGAAGACCUGGUCCCUUUCACAGGAGAAAAGAGAGGAAAAGUCUGGGUCCCCAAGGAGAAGCCAAUUGAUCCUGUUUUGGAAAGAGUAACACUGGAGCCAGAGCUGGAGGAAGCCCUGGCUAAUGCGUCUGAUGCAGAACUCUGCGACAUCGCUGCUAUCCUUGGCAUGCAUACGUUGAUGAGUAACCAGCAGUACUACGAGGCACUCGGGAGCACCACUAUCGUUAACAAGGAAGGCCUGAACAGUGUGAUUAAGCCAACGCAAUAUAAACCAGUUCCCGAUGAAGAACCCAAUUCAACAGAUGUAGAAGAAACUUUGGAACGAGUGAAGAACAAUGACCCUAAACUCGAGGAAGUCAACCUUAAUAAUAUCAGGAAUAUUCCCAUACCGACUUUAAAAGCAUAUGCUGAAGCACUGAAGAAUAAUUCCUAUGUAAAGAAAUUAAGCAUAGUAGGAACAAGAAGCAAUGACCCUGUAGCCUAUGCACUGGCUGAGAUGUUAAAAGCCAACGGUAUAUUGAAGAGCUUGAAUGUGGAAUCCAACUUCAUUUCUGGGUCCGGGAUCCUGGCUCUGAUCGAAGCACUCCAGCACAAUACUUCAUUGAUUGAGCUCAAAAUUGACAACCAGAGCCAGCCGCUGGGCAACAAGGUGGAAAUGGAGAUUGCAAACAUGUUAGAAAAAAAUAGCUCCCUUCUGAAGUUCGGGUAUCACUUUACACAGCAAGGUCCCCGGCUUCGUGCAUCUAACGCCAUGAUGAACAACAACGACCUUGCUCGUAUACGUCGCUCUGAUGGCCCCUGGCAUAACUUCUCGGCUCUGCAACUGGACGAUGUAUAAUGAGGAAGAGGAGACUUGCAGACUUGAAUGGGCCUUUCUAUCCCAAGUGCCGAACUGGGGUGUAGUUCCCGGCUGUGAAGAUCGUGCCUGGUGGUUUGUGCUAUACCCUGGAAAUCCGAAGGCAAAGUGCCUGCACAAAAUAUCUGUGGUGCCUCAGUUCUGUGUUGCAUAAUUAUGCACUAAAGGUUUAAAUUAACUAGCGAUUGUAGGUGAUGAUUUGAUCAAAUAUCACUAAUGAUGUUUUCUUUAGAGUCAAGCCAAGUCAGUCCAGUUGCCCGUUUUAAGCAGGCUUGGUUUAGAAUACGUCACAGCACAACAGUGACUGUCAAUUCACCCACGACUUAAUUCCUCUUAGGAUUUCCUGUGUGGUUUUUCAGAUAUAUUUAGGAUGUGUUAUGCAUGAGUGGAAAAAAUUACUGCUCUACACAAGUUGCAUAAGUAUUUAAAAAAAUACUUUAUUUUUUCAACUUGCUUAUCUGUUUGACAAGCAUUUCUACUGUCCCACCACAAUGCUAGCCCAUCCCUUUCAAGGACUUGUCAAUUACAAUUAAUUACCAACAUUUGCUGACUUUAUUUGCAGACAAGAUGUCAAAAGCACCCAUAUUUCCCCCCAAAAGAAUUCAUGUCUUUUGUAUUCAUCCCCUCCCCCCCAUGAAAAGAAUGUAAGGCCACUGAUUAUAGAGUAAUGGCUCCAUAAAAACAGAGCAGUGAGUAUUAGAUGGGACAUUAAAAUCUUCCUGUCUCCUUUCGCAGGGAUAUGGAAAACCAUUGCUUUAAGAGAUUGGGAAUGAAAUCCUGACUCCACUGAAGUCAGGCGCAAACUCUCAUUGACUUCAAUAGGGGCAGGAUUUCCCCCUGGAUUUUCUCUGGAAAUAGGCCUCCCGUGCUUUUACUGGGUCUUGUAAUGAGCGUGCUGGAGCCCUCACUCCUCCUGCUGGGUUUCUGGCUGGGUGGCUGUUUUAUUUAUCUGUAAAACUUCUUGUUCUGCUAGAGAUUUUAUUUUACCAACACCCCAAAUUUCUGACUAGUGAACCCUAAUAAAGAAAUUACUUGAAAAUACCCUGUCUGUGAAUCCAUGUAGUCCAGGAUGCCAUUUGAGUAGAGUUGGAUAAACGCACCAGGCAAUUGGGUUUGUGAGGUGAUAAAAACCCACUGCCUUUCUAGGGAGGAAUUUCCAGCAGGUACAUGCAGCCUCUGAUCAUGCAGUGGGUUCCUCACCAGCGGGCCAUUAACCCCCAGCAACUCCCAUUGCUUCCAGUGCGCGGCUGGGCUGCACAGCAGGAAGUCUGCCCAUGCAGAGCCAGUGCCAGAGGGUGGCCUUUGUUUAUACACCUAAAGAAUCCAUCCCAACACUCUUUUCCACAUCAUAACCAGCCUGCUGCUGUUCCCAGUGCGUUCUGCAGUCUGUGCAUUGUGGCACAGCAAACCUGCCACUCAUUUCAACAGAAUUUUUGCAUGAAUCAGGAUUGCAGGCGUUGGCCCUGAUUUGCUAUCUCUGACUAUCACUUUAACCUUGAGUGGGAAAUACAAACGUGUUUGAUUGUUGCUCUUCAAAUCAUAAUAAAUGUGUCAGA